AUGAAUAUUGGCGAUAAAGGUGAAGUUGAAUCUAUUGUAAGCGAAAAAGAGCUUGCUUGUAAUAUAGGUAGUGGUGAUGUUGAAGUUUAUUCAACCCCAUCAAUGAUAGCAUUAAUGGAGGCAGCCUCUGUUAAAUGUUUAUCAGGCAAAUUAAAUGCAGAUCAAACAUCCGUUGGAACCACUAUUUCAAUCAAACAUUUAGCAGCAACACCAAAAUCACUCAAAGUUAGAGCCGUUGCAGAAAUUACUGAUAUCCAAGAUGGUAAAAAAGUUUCAUUCAACAUUACAGCUUUUGAUGAAAAAGAAAAAAUUGGAGAAGGUACCCACGAAAGAUUUAUUUUAAAUAAAGAAAGAUUUACUCAAAAAACAAACUCAAAAUUAAAUAAAUAA